UUUGUUUUAUUACUUUUCCUGAGUUUUUUAAUAUUGUUUUCUUUGUAUGAUUUCUAAAGGGCUGUCAGACAUUUUAAAGCCUCGUAAAGGGAUUUUAAAGAACAAGAAUGAGGUAGUUCAUUUGCAUAGUACAUCUUCUAAGGAGGGGAAUGAAGAAUUGUGUGAAAACUCUUUUUCUCGGACUCAAUUAUCAUCAUUAGAGACAUCAGAAACAUCUUCGUUAAGAUUGAAAUGGGACGAGGCGAAUCUGUAUUUAACAGAGCAGGAGAAGACGUCUACAAUGAAGAUCACCGAGCCAAAGACGCCGUAUACACGUCAAUAUGAUUCAUCAGUUAGUUUUGAUGAAGAAAACAUGGAUAGUGAUCAAGAACCAAUAAAUAAGCAAAAUAAUUCAGAUAUACCAGUAUUUGAUCUAGGAGAGCCUCAUGAAAAGAUGCCGACUCUUUUAAAACAUGUAAUUGUUAAAGAUACGGGGUUAGAAAAGGAUAAGGAAGAUAUGCAGACACCAGAAGAUGAGCAGCAUCGUCGUCAUUUUGAACUAAUGCGUAAGAAGCAUUAUGAAAAAAUGGGUAGUGCUGCAUUUUCUCAUGAAAUAGAUAUGGAUGAUGAAAGUGAUAGUGAAUCAGAUACAUUUUCGCAAACAAAUGGUAAAUCAUUUCAUUAAAUUUUAAGGAUAGGCAUUUUAUACUUGAAGAGUGCA